AUGCUGCAGAAAAUAAUCGAAGCCUUUUGCAAAUUUUUAAAUGGAAAUAAAAUUCUCGGCGUUUUUAUCUUAUUCGGAAUUAAUCUUUUUUAUAUUGAGAAAUUGGCUGAUUUACUGAAGAGUAAUGUUUGUGGCCAUCAAAAAGAAAAACAAAAACACGACUACUUGACGCAAAAAUACUGUUCUGACACAGACAUUGAAUACCAAGGCCACCUCAAUAUCAGUUUCCACCAGCUUCCUCUUUCCUUCGCCGAAAUAGCAAGAAGAGAAAGCCCAGAUUCAACUGCCCUAUUUACAGCAAGCACAUGCAUUCCUCCAAAAAACUCGCGUGUCGCAAUCAUCAUUCCAUUCCGAGACGAAGCAAAAGCGAAAACAAGAACAAGACAUCUUCAAUAUUUACUUCAGUACAUGAUUCCUGUGCUGAAAAGACAGCAGCUUCAUUUUCGCUUCUACAUUAUCAAUCAACUCCCCGGAGCUCCAUUUAACCGAGCAAAAUUGCUGAACAUUGGAUUUGUUGAAGCAUUAAAAGAUGACUCGACGAUGGACUGCUUCGUUUUUCACGAUGUUGAUCUUGUUCUGGAAAACGACCGAUGCUUGUAUUCAUGUGAUGGCUAUCCAAAUCACUAUUCCGUGGCGAUUGAUAAGUUCAGAUAUCGAGUUCCCUAUGAGAAGAUAUUCGGCGGUAUCAUUCAGCUGGACAGGGAGACUUUUAGGUCUCUCAAUGGUUUCAGCAACGAGUUUUGGGGCUGGGGAGGAGAAGACGACGACAUGUUCCGACGAGUGGAACAAGGAGAGCAGCUUCAAAUUCGUCGAAAAGAAUCGAAGUACGCGCGGUACAAAAUGAUCGAACACAAACACGAAUCCGGUAAUCGCAAGAAUCUUGAAAGACGACCAAUGGUCAACAGAUGGAACUACCCACCUUUGGUAGAGAAGAAGUUCUGGAAAAUGGACGGGCUCAAUAACUUGGAAUAUGAAGUCGUCGACAAGUAUGAUGAUUUUCUUUCGGCUCAUUCUCCAUUAACCGAUCAGUUCUGCCCUGAGAAACUUUCUCCCUGGAAAGUUCACUGUGAAUGCUUUCGAGAUGAAAUCUGCCCUUGCGGAAAAUCGAAAUUCUUCAACGUCCGUGGACCUGAUAUGUCGAUUUCUUGCAGUAAAGUCCGCCCGUGUCACUCGUCUUUGCCCGAUCAAGUUCUGCCAAUGACAAUUCCUUCAUCGGACAGCCCUGGUGACUCCAUUCAAAAAGCUACCAUCAACAGAGAAGCUCUACACUACGAGAUCAAAGUAUUCGAUGAGUACUACUCCUUUAUCACCAGCGAGUGGGACUCCUAUUGCCUCGAAAACAACUGGAUGCUGUGGCAAACGAAAGACGACCAAAUUUACCGCCAAUAUGCUGGAUUCUGCAGCUACGAGUGGCUGCUAAAAGACUUCCAUCCGGACACGGGUAAAAUCAGUGGGCUUGAGAUUGAUUCGAAUCUUGAGUACUUCUCCGAUAAUAAUUUUGGCACAGUCAGUGAAUUUUCGCCCCAAAAAAAUCAGCUCCCUUCCUGUGAGAAAGAAAACUGCAACAUUUUUCGGUACCCCUUUAAGAAGAACACGCACGAAACUAAACAAAUCUUCAUGACCCGAACUGACUAUACCAACAAAUGGACAUGCAUCGAGUCUUCAACAGAAAAACUGAUAUUUGAGCGUGAUACGCUGAGCAACUUGUGGGACGAUAGAUGGACGUUGUAUAAAGAACAGUCAGAGAGUGGAAGUCGUCUUAUUUACUCGCGAUCAUAUGGCUUAGCCAAGUGCCCGAGCCAGCUUAGGAACUCGUUCGGUGUUUGCGAUUCCAUGGGCUGCGAGAAGCCGCUCUUUGAAAAGGACAUCGUCAAGGAGCGCGAAAACGAUUCGUUUGACUGGCAUAAUGCUUGUGAAACAUUUACCUGUCCAGAUGUCAAUUUUGACGGGAGAAGAGUUAAAUUCUGGUCAAGUUACCAUUACUGGAGCAAUAAAGACAUGAGCAUCUUUCGAGGAUGCUCAGCGUUUUUCCUGAAAAAACUUGACGGAAAAGAAGAUGUAGAAGAACAUGAGUAUCAAAGACUUUUCAACGUCUAUUCUCGCUGUCUGCCAGACAUUUCGACCUUCAACAAGCGAAUUUGCCCAUCGAGUGUCUCUUUUGGAAAUGAGACAUUAAUGAUAUCGUCAUUCUUGACAGACGUUUCGAGGUACAAAGGUGAUGUGUUGGAAAUCUCGGAGGAUCCAAUCAACGAGCCAGGAAUCGUGUCUAUCUUCAAGGGAGAGAAGAACAGACGCUGCAGAGUGGCAACAGCUGAGGCGGAAUCACUUAACUGGUGCGUUGGUGACCUUGAUUUCGUCUACAAUAAGACCGAGUCAUGCAUGGAAAAUUCAAAUGAAAAGUACUCGAUUGGCCUUCCUUUUCACCAAAUUGAUUCUCCGGACCGAGAGUGCCCGAAGAGCUGCUUCUUUUGGGCUUUUCCUGAUAUGCCGAUUGUCAUGGGACAGAUCAACGGAACCAACACCUGGUCGACAUUUAACGAUGAGCAUAUUCAAUCAAGAAUUUACCUUGAAAAUAAUCUCUGGAAGUUCGAAGUAACUUAUGAUCAGUGGGGCAUGCUUGGAAACUCAACAACCCUGCAGGCUAAAUUUGAAGGCCAAUGUCCAGACAUGGUAACAUUUUUCGAUGAAAACGGGCUCGCGCAAACAACACCUUGCCUCACUAAUGAUAGCUUCCUUGGAGGUCGAUUUUUCACCAAUUUGACUCGGCCAAGGCCUUAUUUUAAGCAUUGCCCAUUUAUUAAAAUCGACAGUCUUUGGCUUGCCUUGUCCAAAGACGAAGCAGGAGUCUGGUGGUCGGAAAACGACAAUCAUGUUUUAAAAAGACAUGAAAACACGCUACAUUGGACAUUGAUCAACAAAGAUGGGGAAAUUCUAGAGCAGACAAAUGAUCUAGCAGCUGAGUUUCCCAACACUGUCAAUUCUUGGUACAAAAUUGAGUCCAACGAAAAUGAGCAGGCAAAAAUACCAUUGAUGUUUGAAAAAUUUCCAAAAUGCUUCUCUGAAAGGCUAGUCGAGGAAGUCCCAGUAAUUCCACCCGAAGAAGUGGCGAAUAAUCCCUGGGCAUUGUUCAUCAUCGCUGUUCUUUCCUUGAUAACAGUUGUUCUUCUUGUGAUUGUUACGAAAUUGGCGGCGAAGAAGAUCAGAUAUGCUUUCGGAAUGAACAGCAAGUAUUUUCGCCAAAUUUUGCCGAGCAAUUUGAACGAAAAAUUCAGCGACGCGCUUGUUGAUAAGUUCGUCAAAAUUGAUCAACUUGAAAACAACCAGGAGGAAAUUCUUGGCAAAGGUCAUUAUGGAAAGGUCACGUGCGGAACGCUCGAUAUCGUUGGAACUGAUGGCGGAUCGAAGAAGAUCAAAGUCGCGGUAAAAUCGCUUCAUAAAACUUGCUGCGAGGGAAAAGGGAUGAACUGCCCGAGUGUUAACGAGCUGCUGAUGGAAGCCGGACUCAUGUGCACUUUUGAGCAUGAGCAUGUUUUGUCAAUCACAGCUGUUUCUGUGGACAAAUUCUACCACCCGAUCAUCAUUCUCCCCUACUGUUCGAAUGGCACACUCGAAUCGCUCGUCAAGUCCCCAGCUCCUUUACGCUUUCUGUCAGCUCUAGAAAUCCUCAUCAACUGCGCAGAUGCCCUCGACUAUCUCGCCCAGCGAAGCAUCAUUCACCGAGACAUCGCUCUACGAAACGUUCUUCUUGACGAGCGAUUCCGACCGAAAAUCACCGACUUUGGAUUGGCGAAAUAUUCAGAGAAGGAGUUUCAGACGGCUUACUACACUGCCGAGACAAAGAGAGCUCUUCCAGUUGAAAAUCGCUCGCCGGAAGUUUUGACAGACUUGGAGUUCUCGACUUACUCGGACAUCUGGGCCUUUGGAAUUCUCAUGUGGCAGACGAUUACUAGGGGUUGUGCUCCAUAUUCUGUUUCCGGCCUCGAAGAGCUUCGGGAAAAGGUUGCAAUCCGUCGAGCAAUCCCAUAUCGCCCGGAAAUCCUAAAUGGAGACGAUUAUUUGAACAUGACUUGGCAUACGUUGACGGAAUGCUGGGCGUAUGACAGGAAGAAGAGAAGGAAUUUCAAACACUAUGCGAAUGUCCUUGUUCAGAUUCGAAAAGGAGUUGCUAAUGAGGAGUUUUUGAAGAACUUGCAUCUCUCUUCAGAUUGUCGGAGAGACCAACAAGAGAGUGGUGCGUCUGGAAAAUUGCCUGUUGGCGGAUAUGGUGAGCACGAAAUUGUCGUCAACACUGGCUACUCUGCGGAUAUCCAAGCCUCUUUUUCGAAAGAAUCGACAGAACUUUUCAACGAUGCGUACCAAACGAGCUCAUCAGCAACUCAAAACUUUGGAUAUACUGCCUGA